AUCGAGAUCGCGACAGAGUGAUAAAGAGAGAGCAGCAUGGAGCAGCAGAGACAGAGGGCUCUGUCCACGUCAGGGGAGUCCCUGUACGUGGUGCUGGGGGUGGACAAGAACGCCACGCCGGAGGACAUCAAGAAAUGCUACAGGAAGCUGGCGUUGAAGUUCCACCCGGACAAGAACCCUGACAACCCGGACGCGGCGGAUAAGUUCAAGGAGAUCAACAGCGCCCACGCCAUUCUGGUGGACAACACCAAGCGCAACAUCUACGACAAGUACGGCUCGCUGGGCCUCUACGUGGCCGAGCAGUUCGGGGAGGAGAACGUCAACACCUACUUCGUGCUGUCCAGCUGGUGGGCCAAGGCGCUGUUUGUGUGCUGCGGUAUUUCGACCGGCUGCUACUUCUGCUGCUGUCUGUGCUGCUGCUGUAACUGCUGCUGUGGGAAGUGUAAACCCCGACCCCCCAUGGACCAGGAGCCAGAGUUCUACGUCUCCCCAGAGGACCUGGAGGCCCAGAUGACCUCCGAGGAGAAAGAUGUCGGAGGGGACCCCAUCCUGGUGCAGCCGUCCUCCGCCACAGAGACCACCCAGCUGACCUCCGACCCCAAAUACAGCUACCGUACUGACGCUUACUAACGCACACUUUAAUCACACACUAGGGGUGUAACGGUUCCCGUCCACAAACCGUACAGUUUAGAACACGCCAGCCUUCAGCCACAUCAUCAUCAUCAUCAUCAUCAUCAUCAACAGCGAUACUUCGUAGUAGCGGUCCUCCUAUCCACAGCCAGGAUCAGCGAGGACUAUCUAACACUAGGGAUGGCUGAUCACUAGGGACUCUAAAAGGGACAGAAUCACAUGUCUAGGGAGAGAGAGAGAGAGAGCAGCUGUUGGAUCCCAGUGGCAUUUCGGUCUGGGAACAGUGGGAUCACUGGUCAAAUGCCAGCGCUGGUCCCCAACCCUCACCUCCACUAGGGGAGACCUCCUUCAGAGCCCUUAACGCCACAUACAAACACAACGCAAAACAAGUCUAAACCAAAGGCAGGAAACCAGCCAAGGCGCGGGGGUGUUCACACUACUGCCCUCUAAAGGCCUGUUUUUAAGGCAUAUCUUUCUUUUUCAUCCAAACAUUUUUUAAAAGGUAAGACAUACAAAUUAUAUAAGUAAAGUACCAAAUAUACAAUCCCACAUCAGGGCCCGGAUAUAAAGGUAAAGCAGUGAACCGUUACACCCCUUCUCACACUAGAACAAACCACUACCAGUCAUCGUAACACACGUUCACUUCCAGGCCCGGUCACAUGACCGCAGGCCUCGUUUUAACACCCCUGACCCCGCCCCCUGGACACUCAAACCCCAGGCAUUGGUGCAAGCCAACGUUAGAUACAAGUACGUUGAGCCGUAGAGAGAUGAGCGUUCUUGGGACAAUCACACAGGAUCAGGCCUGGUGAAACCUCCUCUCUCCUGAUUGGCUGAGGCCAGUGCCCAGCUCAUUGGUCCUUUAGCACAGAGGGGCGUGUACAUGCAUACAUUAUUUGUUAGUUUGUGUGAGGCGGCGCUCUGAUGUACAUGUGGUGUAAACUUUUAGAUUUUUAACCUGCUAUCUGUGUUUGUUUUUAUUUAUGUUGUCAUUGAAGGAUGUCCAUGUAAGGUUAUGCUCUGUUGCCCAGGCGACAGAGCUGUUAACUCCAUAGUGAAAAAAAACCUUUCCUUUGCUAAAAUGCGCUUCCCGGACGUCACAUCGUCCUGUUCUGAAACUUUGUAAUUUCAGCGUGAAGCCAAGAACUGCGAGCCAGCGGGAGAACGUUCAACAUGAUCUUAAGAAGCUACCGCAUGCUCUCUGUCGUUCUGCCGGCUUCACCCUGCUCCCGUUUCAUUGGUGGUUGCUUCAUGUUCCAUGAGCCCAGCGACCAAUGAAAUCACCUUUCUUGUCCCCUUUCCUCCCCCCUCCCCGUUUCCUGGGCUUUCGACCAAUCGUACAACAUGUCUGAGUGAAUGCAACGUUAACUGGAAUCAAGAUGUUUUUAGCAACUUAUGAAUUAAACGUAGGGUAAAUAGCGAGCCUAUGAUAAUAUUGAAGCAUUAUUUAAUUUAUUUUUUUAAUGUUUUUAAGAGAAGCGCUAGCUGAGAUGUGUAGAGCCGUAGAUGUGAAUGAAUCAGUGUUCUGUGUUCCUAGCAUGACCUAAGCGUGUGUGUGUGUGCGUGUGUUUCCUGGGCGCCGGCCGGGUCGUGACCUGAUGUUGUAAAAUAAAGUUUUGAUGCUUCAA